GGCAGAGGUAGAGGCCGAGGUGACUAUAAUGAGGGGCAUGGGAGCUCUAGUGGCAGGGGGAGUACCAGAAUGGAGGGCACCUGCUGGUACUGCAAGAAGAUAGGGCAUCCUUGGUUCAAGUGCUUCAGCAGGCGGAGGGAUGGGCACCUCCAGGCAUGAAGCCACCCAGUGGUGAACGCGCACAAGGUGGCGCUGUGCAAGGCUCAGGUGCACAAGGUGAAGGUGCACAAGGUAAUGCCUAUCCUGGUUUGUUUGUUAUGGUUGAGGAUGUGCAUGGGCAUGAGGGUGAUGUGGGAUCUGUGGGAAAGGUUGUGAUGCACCCUCUCACGCACUGGGUGAUUGAUUCGGGUUGCACCAGUCACAUGACUCCACGGGCAGAUUUGCUUGAUGAGGUAAAACCCCCUGGGAAGAUUAAGUAUGUGGCAGCAGCGUCAGGUGCUUUGCUCCCCGUGAUUGGUGUUGGGAAUGCCAAGGUUAAGGGAGCUAAUGGGGAGCUUGUGGGGCUUGGGAAUGUUCUGCUGGUUAAAGGCUUGUCUGCUAACCUUCUCUCUGUGCGGCGACUGCAGAAGAGUAAGGCCGAAGUGACCUUUGGACCAACCAGCUGCCGUGCUAAGCUUGGGAAGAAGGUGCUGUGGAGUCUGGAAGAGGAGACCAGCUGCAUCAAGGACCUGUGGCAGCUGCCCAUCAUCCCUUGGAAUGGGAAGACUCCAACAGCAGCAACGGCAGCAGCGGCAAAGGCAACAGCAGGAGGAGAUGCAACUGCACCAACUGAUGGGGUCCUGGAAGCAGUCAAGAAAGUGCAGAAGCAGCAGACACAUGGUGAGGUGCUUGCUGGUGUGGAUGCGAGUGCGGCAUGGGCUAAGGCUUCACCAAGGAGUGGAGAGGCCGAUUGGGAGACAUGGCAUGAGAGGCUGUGUCAUGUGAACUUCCCUAUGCUGCAGAAGUUGGUGAAGGAUGGGAGCCUGAAGGGCUUGGAGGUGAAAGGGGGAGUGAAGGAGAUUGGGAGCUGCCCUACAUGCUUGGAGACCAAGUUCUCCAAGUUCCCCUUCAACAGCACUACAGGACCAGCCAAGACCCCACUUGCACUUGUGCAUAUGGAUGUGGUGGGGCCCACAAGAGCCCCUUCCCUCUCAGGCAGCCGCUAUUUCUUGACAAUUGUGGAUGACCACACUCGGGCAGUGUGGGUUUACCCUUUGAAGAGCAAGGGGGAGGUGGCAGCGGCUGUCCUUAAGGAGUGGAUGCCUAGAGCUCAGAGGGAAUGCGGACACAAGGUGAAGGUGAUCCGCAGUGACAAUGGUGGGGAGUUCAUUGGAGCUGAUUUUGAGGGGGAGUUGAAGAGGAAGGGGAUCCAGCAUCAACUGACAGUGCCCUACAACCCGCAGCAGAAUGGCGUGGCUGAGAGGUUCAACAGGACCCUGCAGGAGGGGGCACGCACUCUCCUUGGGCGUGCAGGGCUGCCUGAUCCGUUUUGGGUGUCUGCACUGAGGCAGGUCGCCCUUGUGAAGAAUAGGGUGCUGGCUACAGUUGGAGAUAAGGAGUGGAUCCCAUAUGCCAAGUGGUAUGGGAGUGCUCCAGCGGUGAACAUGCUGAGGGCAUUUGGGUGCAUGGUGGUGUUUCAUGUGCCCAAGGAGAAAAGGGGGAAGUUGGAGGCUUCUGGAAGAUGGGGUGUGCACUUGGGGAUUGCAAAGGAUCACAAGGGGUGGCUGCUAUGGGACCUGACCACCCAGAAGCUGACAGUGUCAAGGGAUGUGAAGUUUCUUGAGUCCCUGUACUAUAAGGAAUGGAAGCAGCAGCAACAGAAGCUUCCAUCUACACCGCUCAUUGUGGAGGCAGAUGAGUUGCAGCAGCCUUCAAGACAGGUGGAGGUUGCAGUGUCAGAGGAGGAGAUGUCUGGGGUGACUGAGGAAGGGGGAGCAGCUGAAGUAGAGCAGCAGCAGCAGCAGCAGCAUGAGUCUCCACCUCGAGUUCCACACCCGCCUGAGCGUCCUAGGAGGGAUGUGCGCCCUCCUGUGAGGCUGACCUAUGGGGGAAGAGGCAAGCCGAAUGUGGUGCAGGCUGGGAGUGUGGUUGAGCAGAUUGAGGAAGAUGAGAUCGCUCACUGCUACUGGGCACCAAUCCCUGAGUACAUGGCCUUACACCAUGGGGCCAAGGAAGUAGUGUGGCUAAGGCGUUUGUUGGAGGAGUUGGGAGUUGGUCAGGAGAAGCCGACAGUUGUGUUUUGUGACAAUGAGUCCGCUGUGAAGCUCGCCAAGAAUGCUUGUCUGCAUGGGCUGACAAAACACAUAAGGCCUAAGUGGCAUUGGGUGAGGAGAAUCCUUGAUAAGGAGGUGCGGCUGGAGAUAGUGAAGACCCAUCAGCAGGCAGCAGAUAUUUUCACUAAGCGUCUGGCGGAGGCGGAUCAUUGGAAGGGCAUGAAGCUUGCUGGGAUGAGUGUGCAUUGAGUAUGCAUGCUUGAGAUGUGGUAUGGUCGAUGAUGGUUGGCAGCCAGAGGGGGAGAUUGUUGUGUGAUGUCAUCAUAUGCUAUCACAUUCUGUCUGCCUCCCAUCCCAUGUUUUCAACUUGCAUGUGUGGUUUGAAUGUGAAAGAAUUUGUGUGUGGUGUGUUCUGGAGUUUGGGAAUGUGUUCUGUGUUAUUUUUGUUUGAGCAGGUAUUUUGAUGAUAGAUCUUGAGAAGAUCUUUCCGACGCAACAAGAAUCGCUUCAAUCGGAGCAAGAACGCGAAAGCUAUGAAGAUUCAAAGUUCAUGAGCUUGCGUUACAAUUGCGGCGGUUACAAAGUGAAGUUGUGGGGUGACUCUAUAUGGAGUUGGGACCUUUGGGGUUGGGGAAAUUUGUCACUCUACUGUAACAGCUGCAAAUUGGUUGGGAACAACCAAGCUAGGUUGGCAAGGGUGGCCAACUUGGAUGGAUUGGUUGGGAAGGGACAAAGGUCAAAGUUGAGGUUCCUAUAGGGAGGGAAUCUUUGUGCUUAUGGGGUUUCCUUGGUUGGGGACUCUCUUGGGACCUUCCCUCUCGUCCCUCUCUUUCUAUCCCAACCUUUCUCUUGCUCCUCUAAUUCCUUGUGAGAUUCUUGAACUUUGAUUGAACUCUUGAGAUUGAGUUAAGUU